GCCAUUUUGGUCAAUGAACACGAAUCCGGUGAAAUUUAUUGUCUAUGUCCAACUUUUAUAAAUGGCGGCCAAAUUUUAUUGAAUAUAUAUAUAUAUAUUAUAUAUAUAACAAAACACAAACGUUAACAUGGUCACCUAUGGGAUUUUAUUUGGUAUAGUACACCAAAGAUUAUUUUGCAUGUUACGCUUCAUCACACAUAAUAACACAACCGAAAAAUAGUCUACAGGAAUCUCUUUGCAAGAUUUUCGUGAAUUGAUCAGUGAAAUAGUAUUUAUACUACGUUGCGUAUUAUCUGAUUGCCGUCGUAAAUUCUUACAUAAUAUGUCUACUUUCAGAUAUUUAUGUAGCAAACAGUUGACAGAGUUGCUGAACAAAAUUACAUAUCAACGAUUCAUGAGUGUUCGUCGAUUUGUCAAACUUGUUGCAUCAAAACAAUGCUGGCCAAAACAAAAGAAUCCCCCCGCUGAGUCUCUUCUUGAGUCGUGGUAUUAUGAGGUCGAUCCCUUUGGCUUAUUAAAAAUCAAAGUUCCCUUUAAUAUCCAAGUAAAAUCGUUAAAUCCAGAAACACAUCCGAAAAUGAACCGGGUUAUUGUCCAAAUUAUUAGUGUUUCUGUAGGCGACCAAGCUGUGGAGAAACCGAUGGUUUUGCCAUUAAUGUAUGACCUAAAGACACAAGUAAAUCAUGUGGCAAAUGAAAUAGAAGUGACAGCAACUGUCCAGAGAGGAGUGACCCUGCCUAUUGAAUGCAUAGUUCAGGCUCCAAUAAAAAUGAAUCUGAACAUUGAGAGUGAUAAUGGAAGCAUCGCUGUGAUGGGUUUUGAAAAUGAUCAUGUUGAUGUCAACCUCCAUCAAGGUCAAUGUAUUCUUAACAAUAUCAAGAGUAAAAAAGUCAACAUUGUGAAUAAUGGUGGAAACAUUGUCAGCAACGAUGUUUUGCAAGCCAGUAUUGAUCUCCAAACGAAAGGAAAAGGGGAUAUUAAAGGGGCGAGGUUACAAGGAACAUCUGUGCAGUGCAGAACGGAGGAAGGUGACAUAAAUAUCCAGGACCUGUAUGCAGAAACCAGCAGGAUUGAAACUGUCUGUGGUAGCAUAAAGUUGGGUAGUUGUCAUGGAAACACAUCUAUAUCCAUUGGCCAUGGCAGUCUAAAAAUAGCAUCUGUGGAUGGUAAUCUUGAUGCCCAUGUCACUGAAGGGCAGACCGAUGUAUACAUAGUCAGACAUGAGGAUGUUCGCAUCACCUGCAACAAGGGGGACAUAACUCUGAAAUAUUCCGACACCACUGAAUCACAGUUGGAACUUCUGGCAGAUGAUGUAUCAUUUGACCAACAAAUGAAAGCUACUCUAAAAGAAACACAUCUGGAGAAGGGCAUUAGUUACAAAGGUUUUAUCAAUAAGGAGAGUGAUAAACAUAUCAAGGUGUCAACAUACCAAGGCAAAAUUUCUCUCAUGUUACACGACUGGUUGGCAUCUAUUGGUCUUAAGCAAACAUCUCCACGAACUUAACAGUGUAGUUACUUUGGUUCUGUUGAUGGCAUCUUUAUAGAUAUGGAUAGAGCCCGUUUUAUCUAGCGUGAAGACUUGUUUAUUGUUAUUGUGGCAAACAUCAGUUUCCAUGUCAGUUUUGUCAGAUUCCCAGUAUUAAAAGUGAAGUAUA